AGGCGGGCGGGGCCGCGCGCCCCAGCGCUCUGUCCCUUCAAAGUGUGAGAAGAUGGCGGCGGCGGGCCCCGGCAGCCGGGCCGCGGUGUCGGCGCGGCGGGGGCGGCGGCGGCGGGGGCGGGCCGGGGCGGCGGCGGAGGAGGACGACGAGGUGGUGCUGGCGGUGGCGGAGUGCCCGGUGUGCCGCCAGGCGCUGGUGGAGGCGGUGACGCCGCCCUGCCGCCACUCGCUCUGCCUCGCUUGCUUCCAGCGGUGCCUGCAGGGCCCGGGCCUCUGCUGCCCGCUCUGCCGCAGCCGCCUCUCCACCUGGGCCCGCCGCCAGCAGGCCCGCGCCGAGCCCGCCGCGACGACGGCCGCCGGAGGAGGCGGGGAGCAGCGGCCGCCGGACCAAGACUUUAUAUUCCGAGCACCCAUUAAAUUAAGCAAACCGGGGGAACUCCGAGAGGAAUAUGAAAGCCAGCUAAGGAAGCUGAGAGAAGAAAAACUACAAGAAGAAAAAACUUCUGAGGAUCUGAUUCACAAGAUAAUUCUAGAUGACAUGGAAGGAGGAAAAAGAAAAACGGAAGAACAGCAGAAAAAAGAUGAAUCUCUAGUGCUGAAAGUGAACCAAGAGUGUUUUCCUGAACGUCUCUCGGAUUCAGAGAAUGAAGAACCAUUCCAGGGCAAACAAACGCAUCGGUCAGCUUUUGUUUCCAAGACCAGUGCCUACUCCUUUGCUUUCCUUUCAGGGAACCUAACCUCCAAGGUGGAAAGGAGUCGGAGUUGCAACGACACCAUUCAGGAGAGAUCAAAGAGCAGGCAGAGAUCAGCCCCAGCCAACAAAACAAAGGUUCCGCCUGUGACCAGCGCGUCAACUCCUCUCGUUGGAGUUUUGUCGUCUACCCAAAACAAUCGCUGCCUCUCCGCCCCAGACCUGACAGCGGAGAAGCGCCUCGUUCUCAACCCGGUUUCCUCCUUCUCGGCCCUGCACAAGCCAGAGCGAUCCAUCAGCCCCGAGAGCAAUGACAGCAUCUCAGAAGAGCUCAAUCACUUUAAGCCCAUCGUCUGCUCCCCGUGUACUCCUCCAAAGAGGCUUCCUGAUGGCAGAGUCCUGAGCCCUCUCAUUAUAAAAUCCACACCGAGAAACCUCAACCGCAGCCUGCAGAAGCCAACCACCUACGAAGCCAGUCCUAGAAUACUGAAAAAAUGGGAGCAAAUAUUUCAGGAGCGCCAGAUCAAAAAGACUCUCUCGAAAGCAACUCUUACCUCCUUGGCUUCAGAGCCUGGGGAAGAUGUUAUAGUUCCUGACAUCACCAACUCCACUAGUUGCAAUAAAGAGCAACCACAAAUACAGGAUGAUCACGUUCCACCUGACGCAACAGGAGACCCUCGCCCAGAGCUAGAUUUCUUUCCUUCUAUCAGUGAAAUGAAGCCAGGAAGAGGCAGUGAGAAGAACAGAGAUUCACAGGCCUUAACAACAGACGAGAGCUCUGCUGAACCAGAUGCAAGAUCAAACGGAGCCUCCCUAAACACACGAGUGUCAGAAGUUCCUGACAUAAAAGUGAACGCGUACAUGGACAAAUCCUGCCUUAGCAUCGGCCCCAAGGUGCUGAGCAGAAGAAUAAUUGGAGUCAGUGCGUCACUGCCUGACAACAGCACGCUUGCAGUUCCUGUCAAGACAUCAGGAAAAAAGCAGCUGAAAUACCUGAACCAUAGCGAAUUAAUCAACGUGCAGAACAGUACCUGCAAUUCCGUGGAGAACAUCAUUAGCGAACAGCCCCCUUCGCUGAGACGGGGACGAAAGAGACGCUGCAAAACGAAGCACUUGGAGCACAACGGUUCUGUUAAAAGACUGCGGCACGCGGCCGGGGAGAUGGGCUUGCCUCCGGAGGAUCGCCUGGUCAGGGAGAUGGAACAGAAGCUCCAGCAAGAGGAGGAAGACCGGAGACUGGCCUUACAUCUGCAGCGAAUUUUUGACAGUGAGAAUAGGACAGUGGAUAGGCGGAAAGUUAGAGUAGAUCGGUAUCUCCUGCGGUCAAAGAGCACUCUGGGUGCUAAGUAGCACUGGUGGACGAUGUUGCCUUUCUAGAGGACAAUGAGGUUUAUCAGAUUAUCUUAUAGGAAAACUAUUUUUUGUCAUACUUCCACCCACACAAUUGUUUUUCUUUUUGGUGGUAAGACAUUUGUAGGUCCAGUUCAGAGAGAAGCCAGAGUCCUUUCAGAGUUUAAAAAAAAAAAGAAAGAAAAAAGAAAAGAGAAAAAAAAAUCCUCCAACCUCUCUGGUCCAUUGGUCUGAAAGAAGCGUCGGUCCUCACCGUGAAUACACUGCAAUGCACGUAAAUGCAGUUGGUGAUGUCUGGGUUCCCCUCGCUAAGGCUGUUGUAUUAGCAGUAUAUGAGGUACCGGGUAAGGACCUCAUCCCUUCGUUGUCUUGCCAUUUGUGAUAUGCCAAGAGAAACCAGAGCUCUGCUCACGGAGAGGAAACUGGGCUGUUUCUCUCCGAGAAACAGUGUUUUCCUCUCUGUCCGUCUCAUAUAUCUCCCUUACACUGCAGCUAGCUGUGGUGGUCGGACUGUUACUUAUGUCAAAGUGUCUGAAUGAGCUGAUUUGGCAUAAAUUUAUAACAACAGGAAGACAUUUGUUUGUUUGUCUUUGGGAAGGAGGCUGUGAUUUGUGUUUCUGCUAGGAAGCACCAAAUAUAUCCUCCUAUAGUACAUGUACCUGAAUGUAUCGCGCUGUCUGAACCAGCAGUACAGAUCGUAGGUUGCUUUCUUUAUGUAGACAGCCAAAGGCAGUGAAGGAAGCUGUAAAAUAAGGAUUUUACUGAAAAGCUUUAUGAGAACUUGUACAUUUAUGUUAAGGAUACAGUGGAAAGCUUGGGCAGCGCAGCUGGAAGCCGUUCUCUUGGGCUCUGUGACACCCUUCUGCGUAACUUCUCGCAGUCCCUGCCUCUUACCGAGGCAAGAGCAGAUUUCCUCUUCUUCCCACUAACACUUGAAUCCAGAAAGGGAAACGCCAGCCUGGUGAUUUUAGGAAGGAGGUUGUCCGUACUGACGUGCAUCCCGCAGGCUCCUGCUGGUUGAGAUAGCUGAGCGCUCUUGACACCCAAGGCUUGUCCUUACCUGUUCAGCAGUGGCACUCAGAGGCAUCCCGAGUUAUUUGACACAUCGUCAUCCUUUCCCAGGCCCUCGGUGAGUUUGUGGUAGAGCUGGGACAAGAGCCCGGCCCAGCUGGCCUGUGGGCGCACGUACCGGAGAUGCAAGCCUGCCUGGUCCAUGCUCUGCGCUAGCCAUCCUCAGGCAGGAAUUCACACUGCUAAGAAAGCUCAGGUGAGCGCCGCGCUAAGGAAACACUUAUAUUGGGUUGUGUCUCGAUCGUGACACGGAUCUCACCUAAAUAACAGCAAUGUUCCAGCUAGCCUGAUGGUUUGAACUGAGUAAUUGUCCGCUCACCUGAUGAUGCAGUGUGUUAAUUGUUCUUCCUCGGACCAAUUUCAGGGAAUAAGGAUGCCAUUAGAAUUAAAUGCCCAAUCCCAUAUCCAGUGUCCUUCAGAGAGAACAUUUUAUUCUUUUCUCUUUCUACCUGAUACCGCUCUUCACCAUCCAUUAGCAGUGAAAUAAUUUCCUUGAUUAUUACUAGUAAUUAAGCUCAAAAAUCACAGCUCGACUUCAUCCUUGAGUGCUGCCUUGCAGUGUAUUCACUGGGGAUCCCCGGGGUCCGCAGGGAUUUUCUUCCAGGGCUCCCUGCGCUGUUGCUGGUGUCCUGGCCCAUGCACCAGGUGACAGGGGGUAUUUUCAAGCUUGCCGCUGGCCCACGGCACGAAGGGAAGGUCAACUAUCACGUUACAGGGUGGGAUGGAUCUGAGAGCGUUGCCAGUGCCCAAUUUCCUCCUGGAUGCAUCUGUUAGGAAAAAAACUUAAAAAACAGCAGAAUUUCUCCCUCCAUCUUAAAUGGUAAAAAAAAAAAAAUGGGAACCAGUUUUGUUCUUCUCUUUUGGCAUACUUGUGUAACUGCAAGGACCCUGGAGCUUUUUCCUAAUUGAACUGGAUUGUUUUUUUAAAAGAAAUCUUAUAUUUUAAUGGAUAAAAUUUAUAUAUUUUAAAUACUAUAUUUCAACAGAUUGACACUUUCAUUGUGAGAAAAUCUUAUAGCAAUGAUUCCAUAAUAUAUACAUAUAUAUAUAUCUCCUUAACACACAAACUACUGGAUGUUUAGAAACGUUUCCACCCUCGGCUAGACCUGGCCUCCCUGUUGGGGCUGGUGGGCGAUGUCUUGCUGUCCCUCUCCGGAGGGGGAGCUUUGCCCUCUUAGACCCUGCAGCCUCGUUAGGUGCAGCCUCGUUAGGCGCUGAUUGAAGCCGGUGCAAUUCUUUUGCCUCAAACUGAAUUGCACUCAUACCCCAGCGGUAAAUCGGAAGGAAAUGGAGUAAUUACAGCCUUGAUUGGAUCCAGGAGAGCGGCGCAGGGAUAAAUAGCACCGGUUUGAAUUUGCCCUUUGCAAAGAAUAAGCUGAGAAUGGAAACCCACAGCUUUUACCCUGAACUGCUGGCAUUUUUUUCCCCCAAAGUUUUGAGCUAAACCUUGCACUUUCCAAGUGCAUCUAGAUUUACCAUGACUUUUAGAGAUCCCCUUGCCCUUCCCCGGGGUUAGUCCCUCCAGCCUGAUCCGACUUCCCUGAGCAGUUUCCUUCUCUCUCGCUGGGCUCGUGCUGGUUUCCCCCAGGCUUGGGCUGCUGGGCGCUCUCUAAGCAAAUGUAUAAAAGGAAAACUAGAUUUACGUGGGGUUUUACCUGCUGAAUGUAUCCUUUUUAUCCCUCUUAGAGUAGGUUUUAGAGUCCAGCACGCCACGCCAGUGUCGUUUUACAAAUCUUUUUCUAAAAAAAAAGAAAAAUGACUUAAAUAUUUAGUUUUUUGUGUGUUAAUUUCCUCUUUUUAAAUCUGAGUCUCAGCGGAAGUGCGGGAGGCGCUGCCUAAGUCGGACCUUGUCCCAAGCCAAAAAAGCCUAACGGGGUCCCGGCAGAGGAGGGUGCGUCGCGUGCGGUCUGUCGCAUCAGUAUUUAAGGAGGCCUUUUUCUGAGAAAAUGUGGGAUAGUCACGGUCCUACGAAGCCCGUCCCUUCGGGGCGAGACCUCACAGCUGGCGUGCAGUGAACGUAGCAGGGUUGCGUUGAUCUUUCCUCCAGAGGUUGGAUGCCCCCGGGUUAUCGCGCCGGUUUUUAGCCCACUGAUUUUAGCCGUUGACGAAAACUGGCUGUAUUUCUGCGUUACCUGCUCCAUCCGGUUGCUUAAAAACUGAGGAAAACCCCAGGCAGCUGCCGUUUUUGGCCAGCGUGGCCAUGUCACCUCCUUGCCCAGCCCGCGAGAGCGUGACUGGGGCCGGGCUGGGGUCCGCUCAAGUCGGUAUGAGGCUAGAGGCGAUUUUAAGCUCUGAUGAAUGUUUUAUGAAUUUUAUUACUUUUGUGUAACCUUGCACAAAAAAGAAUUGUAUAUAAUUUCACGUCAAAGAGCAGAAGUUCCCAGCCUCUCGCGUACGCUUCCUUUGUCGCAGUGUCACCCGAGAAGUAAAACACUUCUUGCCGAACAGCGGCUGCAGCGCCAGCUCUGCAGAGGCCCUAAAAUGAAACCAAGUAUUUAUUUACCUGUAUCCGAAAAUAGUUCCUAAUCCUCCUCCUCUCUGCAGCCGGGUGCUCUCCGGGAUUAAGUGCCGUCCCUGCAGAUUGCGGACACGCGGGCACGUACCCGUCCUUCCCCAGCGCGGAGCUGCCUCUCUCCUGGGAAAAAGCAGGGCGGGAGAUUGCGCCGCUCGUAGCCCUUCCUUGGGACCAGAAGGGGUUGGGGGGUUGUUCAAUCACAGAACGACCGUCUCUGCCAAAGAUGCCGCCUGACUCCGAAAGCCACCUUUGACUCUCCGGAGCUUCCUCCGCGGGAGAAGACGCGUUAAGAUUCGUUUGUGGAGUCGGAACAGACAACAGGAAACAAAUGAAGGAAAAGUGCCAAAAGAGUGGAUCAUGCAAGAUGAUUGUAUAAUGUUGUUCUAUAGCGUCAGUAUUUUUCUUCAAACGCUACUGUACAUGCAGUACACAGUAGUCAUGGAGCAUAGCUCGAACAAGCGCUUCUUUGUAUUUUAUCAGUGAAAGCAAGGGGGAGGUGAAGCCUUAAAGACUACAGCUGAUUUUACAAGCAGGCCUUCAGCGAUGCUUCGCGGACGGCCCCGCAGCCGGACUCGCCUGGGCACGGGGAGCGUUUCGCCAGGACCGGUCCCCUCCGAGCUGCGAGGGGCACGCGAGACGAAAACCACCGACCGCUUCUUGUUCACCUUUCGGACGUGGACACGAGGGUCAAGCAUGUCACUGUGAUAGAGAUCCGUGGGGUGGUUUAUAGAGCGCAGCCAGGUGCAAACUGUGCCCUGAGCUGAACUAUAGCUCAGAAGCUGGAAUGAUCUCUCUGUGUCGUAUGAAUUUGAUACAAACCUUUUUCUUCCCCGUAUCUUUAAAACACUGCAAAGCAUCAAACAGAUCUAGAAUUAGGUAUUCACUAUGCAAACAGAGAAAUCUUCAACUGAUUACAAGGGGGUUUGUGUAUGCCUGGUUUUCUUGGUGUUUACUGUCAAACUGUUUAAAGCAAAUAUAGAUGUUGCUACACUUUUUCCGAUACGCUUUAAAUCAUUGUGCUUUAGUGUUAUCCUCAACUUGCAAUGGGAACACCAGUGUGGUAAAAGACUACGGUCAUUUUGGGUCUCAACUGAACCACUGUGGCUUCAUCCAAAUGUUUUAAAAGCAAUGGAAGUUACUGAAAGACUGUUUACUUGCAUGUGUAAAAUGUGUGGGUAAAAUGACAUGCAGGCGUCUUGUCAUAUUGUGGCUUCUGUUAUUUGGAACAGAGUAAAUCCUGCUUGUGCAAAAUUGUCACGAAACCGAAAUAUGCCAACUGUGUACAAAUAUUGUGUACAUGUUAACAGCAGUGAAGACUUUAACCGCAGGACAAAGGCCGAGGUUAAAAUGGAAUAAAACCAGGUUCUUACAGUCGA